AUGCUGAGACAACUAUCAGUAAAUAUCCCACUGGUGGAAGCACUAGAGAAGAUGUCAGGAUAUGCCAAGUUCAUGAAAGACUUGGUCACAAAGAAAGAGCUGUCUCUGGUACAGAAGAAAGAGGAUUCAAGUGCAUUUACCAUACCGUGCACCAUAGGAUCAAUUGAAUUUUCAAAGGCCUUGUGUGAUUUAGGGGACAGUAUAAACUUGAUGCCGCUGGCCAUCUACAAGAAACUGGGGUUAGGAGUUCCUAAACCCACACCAAUGAGGUUGAUGAUGGCAGAUAGGUCAGUGAAGCGACCUGUGGGCAUUCUAUGUGAUGUGCUCGUAAAGGUGGACGCGUUUAUCUUUUCGGUAGACUUCGUGAUCUUGGAUUGCGAAGUGGAUUUUGAGGUUCCCAUUAUUUUGGAAGACCAUUUCUGGCCACAGGACGAGCAUUGGUCAAUGAAACAGCCACAUGACAUGAAUGUGGUGUCUGCGAUAAAGGUUUUUUAUAAAGAAGAAAUGGGAGAAACCAUUGAGGAGAGGUUGGCUGUUGAAACCUUAGCUGCCGUGCUGAUGAAUUUUGAAGCUAAUUUUCGAUUUGAAUAUGGAACAGGUUCAAGUUGUGAUCAAAGUGUUGAUAAGGUGGUCAACAUGGAGAUCAUCAAGUGGUUAGAUGCUCGGGCGGUGUACCCCAUUUCUAACAGUCACUGGGUUAGCCCAGUGCAAUGUGUGCCCAAAAAGGGUGGUAUGACUGUGGUUACGAAUGCAAAGAAUGAGUUGGUCCCUCAGAGACCAGUCACUGGAUGGCGAGUGUGCGUGGACUACAUGAAGCUGAACAAAUGGACCUUGAAGGAUCACUUCCCGAUGCCUUUCAUGGAGCAGAUGCUUGACAGGUUGGCUGGAAAAUGGUGGUACUACUUCUUAGUUGGAUACUCUGGCUACAACCAGAUAUCAAUUGCUCUUGAAGAUCAGGAAAAGACCACAUUUACAUGUCCUUAUGGCACCUUUGCGUUUACACGCAUGCCAUUUGGGAUAUGUAAUGCACGAGCAACUUUCUAG